AUGUGCCUCGACUCUUCCCGAGCCAGUCUGAAGCUGACGAUUUCCGAGGCACAACAACGGCCUAAUUCCAAAUUGGCUGAUCUUUCUAUCAUCCAGGAUGACUAUGUAGGCCAAAUGAAUUCAGAAGAUGCCGCCGCAAUAUUGCGACUGCAAAAUGUGACCCAGUCUCAACGAUUCAAGAGAUCUUUAGACUAUUCUUGGAAUUUGGACUUUGAAGAGGGAUUGGGUGGAUACACCGAAGCACGAGAGUACUAUUGCAGAGAGCCCGACUCAAUUGACAUACUUUACUUUAUGCAGAAAUGGUAUGAGGAGGAACCGGAAGACAGGAUAAACUUUGGAGAAGAGGCUAUUUCUCAGCAGUAUGGAAGUGACGUAAAUGUCAAUGAACUUGACGACCGUCAAAAUCUCAGACGAAGGUCAGUAGAAAAAGAUUUACCAAACUUCUACGCCAAAAGAGGCUACACAGCAAUGCCGUCUACUUCAGGGUCCAGUCAGCAAGAACGACACACACAUCAUUACCUACUGAUUAGCUGCAAAAACUGCCAAACUAACGAAACAUUUGUGUCAAGUUACUCUGCAACUGAACCUGAAGAAACGCUCACAAAGAAGUCGUAG